CAUGUAUAACAUGUAAAUAUCAUCCGAAUUCAUUCCUCAUCCGAAUAACGGUGCACAUUAUUUUUGUUGUUCACAUAUUGUCUAUGCAGUGCACUGCAUUUAGCAAGAUAAUGUUCUCCAAUAUUUAAUAUAUUUAUAUAUUUGUAUUUACCUUGUGUUUAGUCCAUUAUAUGUUGUUUGUUGUGAGAAUAAUCCAACAUAUUCGAAAUUCCUGCACUGUCAAAAUCGUUGCAGCAAUGUAUAUUGAUGACGUCAUACGUAGGAGUAUGGUGGAGUGUUAUUGCAUGCAUUUGACUUUAAAAUAGGCUGUAAAAUUAUAAUAUUCACUCCUCUAUUUGUAUAAAAAGAUGAUAUUUAUUAUAACUUGUAAACUCUUCAUUUAUAUUAAGUGUUAAAACAUAAUAGUUUGCAGGGAACUAUUUGAGACGCUGAAUGCGUAAGAAUUUCUUAAGUUUUCAUGCUGCAGCAUUUAAUAUUGUAUUGUUAUACAUGCAUAUUUAAAAGUGUCUAUUGUUUCAAGUCAUCAAACUUAUUGCCUUCUUUGAUUAAGAUGUGAUAUUUAUGAUGAUUGUCGUUUUAUUAUAAUUAGAAGUAUAUUCUUGUUUACAUGUAACUGCAUUACUUCCAUACAUGGUGCAGGAUGCUGCAGGAUUGUGAUUGGCUGCAGCUGAAUCUUUGGCUGCAGCCAAAUCUGCAGCAUCCGAAGGGUAUAAAAGGAGGUUCUCCGCACAGUUUUGGCAACAGUUGCUAACAACAAACAUCACUGUUCGAUCAAUUGAAAACCCUUCCAAAAAAUUCUGCCAUGGAUUGCGAGGUGUGUGGCACUGCUUUCCACAGCAAACGGGAUCUGCGAAACCAUCUGGCAAAAACCGACCAUCGCCGCAUGAGGUAUGUCUGCGUGUGGUGCGUCGGCAAGCAUCCAAGAGAAUUCAAGUCCGACUGGGACCUGAGGCGCCAUAUCAGGGCUCAUCACCCACAUGAGCACGACCAUACACUAAAGGAAUUUCCACGACUGCUAUCUUCAGAAAACUCCUUCUACUUCUCCACAAAUCCCACAGUUCAUCUUCUGACCAAUCCCACUCCAAAUCCUUCGCAUCCAGAGGCCAUUGAAGCCAGACGACUGGUUACUAAAUGGGCUGCAGGACGCGUUCCUGGGAUCACCCGAUGGAUCGAAGGCUGGAAUUCAUUGACUUCAUCUUCUUCAACAUCAUCCGUGUCAACUCCACCAAUCAACAACCCAGAGCUUAUCCUGAAAUCCGUGAUUAUGGAUAGCACUGGAUGCACCAUCAUUUGCUGUUCCAAUGCUACUUACAUCAAAGCCAAAGUCCCACUCUCCGCAUUGACUGAUGCUCGUCUGGUAAGCCGUUUGGUACGACGUAUGAAUGCACUGCCUAAGGAAGUAUUUAUUCCAUCAGGUCAUUGGGAAUUAGGAAAUCCAUCCCAUCAUACUUCUAUUACAUCAUUACUUGGACUUCAACCCAACCAGAUUGAAUCUGUGGUAGUCCUCCAUCUUCCCACCUUCACGUCAAGAAAAUCUCCUGAUCUUGCCGCCACAGCAUCUUCACCCUCAAGUCCAUCACUCCCUACACAAGCCUUUGUUCCAGUUGCUUUGCCUUCCGUCACUCCUGCUGCCGUUUCCACAUUGUCUUUCAUACCCGAUGCAGCAACUUCACCUACAACUGAUGUCCUCUUUCCCAAAUCAACAUCUGAUAUGCAUACUGUUCAAACACCUGAGUCUACGCCAGUUCCAAAACAUCUGAUCAUUGAUGAACGUCUAACUCAACUUGAUUUGGACUACAAUGACCUACGCAGUCCCACACCAGUCUCAAUAUCCUCCCCGCAACGCACCGAAGACCUAGAGACCAGUGAUCAUCAGCCAACAUCAGCAGUAUUACCGUUAUACUCCAGCUCCCCAUUCUACAACCCCGUUUCACCUACACCAGUUUCUCAUGGGAACACAUCAUCAACGCCAAACUAUGAGCCUGCAGAAGUACCAACACAAACACAGUCCUCCAAGAACGAAAUCAGCUUUCAGAAUUCCUCCUGUCUACAUCCCCACACCACGCCAUUCCUCGGUCAAAGAAGUCCUCAAGACGAAGGCCCAUUCGCUUCUUCUUGA